UUCCAAUCAACUCAAUUAUCACACGAACACUAUCCUAGCCAUCAACAAACCCUUUGCACGACUUUCCUCACUUCAAUUGCUCUUCCUGCCACCGUUUGCCCGCCUUUGUUUCCGGUAGCAUCGUGGUGACGUCAUCUGCCCUCACCUCACACGACACUCUUACAACUCACUUCAUCUCGACUUUCUCUCCUCCUUAUCUUCCCAUCAUCUCUAGCAGCUUCAUUGAAAGAAAGAAACUAGACCGUUCUUCCAUCUUUGUCUCUAAAUCACUACAAACCCACUACACACUACACACCACCAACAUGCCUCGCCACAACGACCCCACCUCCAAGAUGUUCUACAAGGGUGCAUCCGACGACUUCAUCGUCUUCGUCGAUGACCACGACGCCUUGAACAGAUGGCGCGGUGACCGCUCCGUCCCUCUGGCGGAUGUCCUUAACGGCUGGAAGAUCUUUGUUACUCACAAGCACGGAGCCCAAGGCGUCCUCGACGGAGCUAGCAAGGCUAGUCUCGAGAAUGAAUUCGGAACUGCCAAUGAAGACGACGUUAUAACUCAGAUUUUGGAGCGUGGGGAGUAUCAGUCUACUAUUGCUCGCGAACAACAAGGUGAUACCAACUUCCGUAAUGGUCCUGCUUAUCGAUAGAUUCGUGCGCCCAUGUUAUUACUUACGCCCUUGCUGGCUGGCUGGCUGGCCUGUUUCCUUCCUCCCCUCCCUUGAU